AUGGACGACUUAGCGCAAACACCGAAGUCGAGUAAAUCAGGUAAUUAAAGUUAAAUUUUUGGACUUUAAAAUGCCGUUUUAUAAUAAAAAUGUAUUUACAUUAAUUUUAUAAACAAAGUUUACGGAUAUUAUAAUUAAAUUUCGGUGUAAAGAUAUUAAAAAGGGUCUGCCACUGAGUAAUUUUGAUGAAGACUGCAAGUUUACUAGUCGAAACGUUUAAUCAAAAUGAAAAAUCAUUGUCUUGUAUUUUUUAAAAAGGGUCAUUGUAGGUUUUAUUUUCUCACUGAAACGACUUGCCGACAUCUAAACAUCUUACUAGAUACUGAUACUCAAAGCAAGAAAAGAAAACGCCAACUGGAAAAGCUUGAUGAGAGUCAACUCGAGGAAAGUCACAUUGAUGAGCCAGCAAAUGUAAAGUUUCCUACAUAAAGUUUUACAUCUAUAAUAUAAUACUUGCACUCCAGCUGAAUCUCCCUUUAUGAUAUUCAUGCUACAAAAUCAUUGUUUUUUUAUUAUUUUCUUAGUUUGUCAUUGCCAGUACAGAAAUGGAAUCUCUUCGAGAAACCAAUAGAAGGCUAAAAAACAAAAUUAUUUCCUUGAAAACAUCUGCCAAAGGAAAUAAAUCCAAAAUGAAGCUAAUGAGACGCAGGGGUAAGACUCAUCGAGAAGAAGCCAUCAACAUUGGGGGGGGUUGUCAUGUUUUGACCAACAUUUCCUAGGAUUUUGACCAAGUCGUACAAAUUUUGCCCAAAAAUGUUGUCGGGGGGGGGGUACAAUUUUAAGGAAAUAUCAGUUCCGUUUUGACCAACUUUGGGCAAAUAUCAGUUCCAUUUUGACCAACUUUGACCAACGUUUGAAUUAUUGGGGGGGGGGGGUGUUACCCCCCCACACACACACCUAUAGCGACAUCCCUGGUUAAGCGUGUUACAUAAAGAAGCAAUGCUUUAUUUUUAUGCAUAUAUUAUUUAGUACUCCAGCUUGAACAACGCUUAGAAGAACAGUCGGUGAAGAAGAGUGCUGAAGAAUCUGAAAUGGAAGGUGGCAAUAUUGAGAGUGAGGAUGAAGCAUCAGAGGCGGAAAACGAGUUCUACGAACAUGAUCCUGCCUAUGAGGUAGAUGAUGUCGACAUGGAAGAAGAUGAUGAAGAUUUCAUAGAAGAAGAUAUAGGGUGAGUAAUUUAAUAACUUGGCACCGCCUUUUGCAAUAACAAGCAUCACAACUAUUGUGUAUUAUUACAAUGUUGCACUUUUGCUUGUUUCAGGUUGUUGCAACACAAUGGAAAUCUACGGUCAGAACCAAAGCACAUUGUGUUUCUGUCACAGCUUCUGCUACUUUUCAACUUUUGCCAUUCAUGCAAAGCUGAUAAUCCAUUGGUGGAAGCAAAAGCUGUUGGAACUGCAGCAGUUGUAACCUCAACAUGCCACAACCCAAAUUGCCCACAGAAAACCACAACAUGGUAUAGCCAGCCACUAACACCUGGGCGUACAAAAGCACGUGCUGGAAACUUUCUUUUGU